CGCGCUGCCUUUUUAAGCAAACAUACACAUUAUGUCAUUCCCCACUCGGCCAGAGGACGUUACUCGGUGAGGAGCUGCUGUGCUGCUCAUUCGCCCCCCUCUCCUGUCGUCACCGCUGUUUAGUUGCCUUCUUUUUAGUCGUCCGUCUUCACUGUUUGCUAGUUUCAGUCAUGUAUCGGUAUUUCGGGGAGCUAUUAAGCCGCUCAGCGGGUACCGCUCUGGCCUCGGGAUGCGUGGAUUCCGCUCUCCCGGUGUCCUCGUCCCUGAUGCGGGUCCGUCACUAUGCCGACGCAGCGGACAAGCCCGACGACCCUAACUUCUUCAGGAUGGUGGAGGGCUUCUUCGACCGUGGCGCUGCCAUCGUGGAGGACAAGCUCGUGGAGGACCUGAAGACGAGGGAGACCCCCGAGCAGAAGAGGCACCGUGUGCGGGGCAUCCUGCGCAUCAUCAAACCCUGCAACCACGUCCUCAGCGUGUCUUUCCCCAUUAAGAGAGAUAACGGAGAGUGGGAGGUGGUGGAGGGUUACCGCGCCCAGCACAGCCAGCACAGAACACCCUGUAAAGGAGGUAUCCGUUACAGUUCAGAUGUGUGUGUCGAUGAAGUGAAAGCCCUGGCAUCUCUGAUGACCUACAAGUGUGCUGUUGUCGAUGUGCCAUUUGGAGGAGCCAAAGCUGGAGUCAAGAUCAACACCAAGAAUUAUUCUGACAAUGAACUGGAGAAGAUCACAAGGAGAUUCACCAUUGAGCUGGCCAAGAAGGGUUUCAUUGGACCUGGCAUCGACGUUCCUGCCCCAGACAUGAGCACAGGAGAGAGGGAAAUGUCCUGGAUUGCCGACACAUACGCCAACACCAUUGCACACACUGACAUCAACGCCCAUGCAUGCGUCACAGGAAAACCGAUUAGUCAGGGAGGAAUCCACGGACGUAUCUCGGCCACUGGUCGUGGAGUCUUCCACGGCAUCGAGAACUUCAUUAACGAGGCCUCCUACAUGAGCAUGCUGGGCCUGACACCUGGCUUCCAGGACAAGACCUUCAUUGUCCAGGGCUUUGGUAAUGUGGGUCUCCACUCCAUGAGAUACCUGCACAGGUUUGGAGCCAAGUGUGUGGGCGUUGGUGAAAUUGAUGGAGCCAUCUACAACCCAGAAGGCAUCGACCCCAAACAGCUGGAGGAAUACAAACUGCAACAUGGCACCAUUGUGGGAUUCCCUGGAGCCAAACCCUACGAGGGGAGCAUUUUGGAAGCCGACUGCCACAUCCUGAUCCCUGCUGCCGGAGAAAAGCAGCUCACACGUCUUAAUGCGCCCAGGAUCAAGGCUAAGAUCAUUGCUGAGGGUGCCAACGGUCCCACCACCCCAGAUGCUGACAAGGUCUUCCUGGAGAACAACGUCAUGGUUAUUCCUGACAUGUACCUCAACGCCGGUGGUGUGACGGUGUCCUAUUUCGAGUGGCUGAAGAACCUCAACCAUGUCAGCUAUGGAAGACUGGCCUUCAAAUAUGAGAGAGACUCCAACUACCACCUGCUCAUGUCUGUGCAGGAGAGUUUAGAGAGGAAGUUUGGUAAGCAGGGAGGACCCAUACCCAUUGUACCCACUGCUGACUUCCAGGCCAGAAUCGCUGGCGCCUCUGAGAAGGACAUUGUUCACUCUGGAUUAGCUUACACCAUGGAGAGAUCUGCCCGGCAAAUCAUGCGCACAGCAAGCAAGUACAACCUGGGUCUGGACCUGCGGACUGCCGCCUACGUCAACGCCAUCGAGAAGGUCUUCAAAGUGUACAACGAGGCUGGGCUCACCUUCACAUAAACGGCCAGUCGUGAGCUGUACUUGCUCUCCCUACCUCUACUCUCCUACUAUUAUUCUCCCUCUCCAUCCAUUUUCCACCUGUUCCAUAGCCUUAAUAGAUGACAUAUCACUGUUUAGCGCUGCCUUCUGGCUCUUAAACAGACAUAUUUACGUCAACACAUUGUUUAAUGGUUUUUAUUCUGUGAUAUUUGUGCUGCCAUUAUAUCAAAAUCGCUGUUUGCCCUCAUAUAAAUGUUAAUGAUAUUGUUGUAUGGGUGGUAGCCAUGUUCAAAGCGCCCCUUUUUGUGAUCGCUGAAUGCACGCGUGAUCCUUCCUGUUUGCGAUUGUUUCAGUUGUCCGCACUACAGAUGCCUUAUGUCAGAAAGAGAUCUGCUCUGAAAGAGAGCACCUUUACUUCAGUUAAAAGGGAUUUAGAUCAGCUACUUAUGUGUGAAUAAGAGAAGAGUCAUUUUUAUUAUUCUUGAGUUAAUCUUCUCACCCAUACUUAGCAGUAAAGGUAUAGGAUUACCAAAAAUGAUAUCAUUUUCAUUUAGUUUUACCUGUCAGAAUCCAGUAGAUGCUCUCCCUCCCCUGCCUCCUUUUUUCCUCCUCUCCUCACCUUGAAAGCAGCUUCUCCCUGAUUCCUCCACUGGCCAAGAAAGGGGAGCAGGAAGUGGGUGAGGCAUCUGUUCCCAGGUUGAAUUUUCUUAAUUCUUGACCCUCCACACUUCCUCCUCCAUAGAAAUCGCCAUAGAGGAAAUUUUUUAUUUUUAUUCAUUUUGUUGAAACCAAUAAAAAUGUUUCCGAAGGCA